AUGCUCGCAAAGGAUUACAAGAUGGCGCCCACUUGGGAACCCAACUCGAGCUCCGCCGGCGCAAAGGCUGCGCUACUGGCAUCAGCGUCAGCAAGAAAACAGGCGACGACCAACACGACACCACCCCCAUCUGCCCACGAAUCCUGGGGGAGCAGUGCUGCCAACCAGGCCUUCAAACAAAGCCGCUCUGUUGGGCAACCCACUCACGACACCUCGGCUGCAAAGAACGGCCUUGGCUCUCUUUCAGCGGCUCAAAGUGCCAUGCCGGCGACAAGCAGAACGAGGCCACGGGCCAAGUCGACGCCCGCCCCAAAGGAGACUUAUCCUGGAGAGUCACGGGCUACCGCCAACGCCUUGAGUGCCGCCACAGCAGCUCAUGGCCCUUCGAUGAAACCAAAAUCCCCGACUGACGCUGCCGGUUCUGUUCCAUACACGAACUUGCCCCGCAAGAUGUUCACUUCGUCUCCCGCCAUCGGUCCGGAAGCAGAGGAGCAGAAGAGAGCCGAUGUGCUGCAUGCCUCUGCGGUGGCCAUGGCCAAGAAGAUGUACAGCCACCAGCAAAAGAUGGUUGACCAGGCACGUCAAGCCCAGCAGGAAUCGGGGGAAACCACCUCGGAUGACAACCAACCGAAGCCCUAUGUCAACCUACAGGAAGCAGCGUACAAGCUGGCUCAAGAACGCCUGGCGAAGCUACAUGAGGAACACCAGCGUAACCGAGACUACCAGGAAUACUACGGCAACAGUACACCGGCUCAACCUCAACGGAAGUUCACUAUAAAGGGCAAACUGAGACGGCGGUCUUCUAGCGAUGGUGCCAUCAACGACGACAGGGAGCAGUCUGAGCGCAUCCGAAGGCAGAUGUCCAUUUUCUCCUCCAGCCUGACCAAGGUUGACGAGCAAAAGCGGACCAAAGAUCGCGAGGCAUUGUUGGCUGCCGCACAAAGGAACGUCAGAGCCCGUCUCCAGGGCAUGGAUGACAAGAUCUCGGCCGAGACUGGCAUGGUGCCGCCGAGUUCCAAGAGUGACUGGGAGUCCAAGGCCCAGAUGGCUGCGCUUGCCCGACACGAGUCGAGUAAUGCGAACAGAGGCAAGAUUGACAUAGGUGGUGGAAUGUUCAUGGACCCUGCGGCCGUUGACGAGAUUGCCACUAGGAGGGUGCAGCCGGUGCUUGAUGAGAUUAAUGAGAAAGCCGCUAUUGAGCGAGAGCGUCAAGAGCUCCUCAAGGCGGAGGCAGAAGCCAAGAAGAGGGACGAAGCGAAACAGAAGGAGCGCGACAGAGAGAUCAAGGAGAUUAACCGCCAGAUCAUUGAGCAGGAGAAGCAGGAAGAGAAAGAGAGAAGGCACCGAGAGAAGCAAGAGCUCAAGGCCAAAAAGGAAGAAGAGAAGGCUGCAAAGGCAGGAGAGAAGCGCAAGUCUAAGGGCCUGGAGGUCCUGCCAGGCGACUCGGCCGUCGCAGGCGAACCCAGUGAAGUCUCACCGGCCAGUGAUGAGCAUGAGGGAAGCAUCCAACAGCGAAAACCCCGGUCACCGAGCGAGAGCGGGUCACCGACGAACAAGAUGAAGGAGUGGCUCAAAUCACGCUUCUCGCGGCCGCGGGGUCGCUCCUCGGCGGGCGAGAACGCCGAAGAGCGCGGCUUCAUUGGCGGCGUGGCGCUCACGAGGCUCGCCAACGAGAGCGCAACGAGCCUUGAUGCGCGAUCGGCCAGCAUGAGAGAGGUCGCAAUCGCUGGCAAGUCCGGAGCCGAAGCGCCCAGGUCGCCGCCGCCGGGUCAUGAGGGUGAUGGGAGCAGGGCUCGCGACUCGCGGGACGUGAGCCCUGUCAGCUCGGAUAGUGAGUCGGAGCGGUUCGUCGAGGCGAGGGACGAUCUCGAGGGACCUGUUUCGCCGCCCGUACCUAUCAAAGACCCGAGCCUGCAUAAGAGCAGCAGCCCGACCAGGGACUCGCGGUUCCGGGAGAUCAUCGAAUAG